GUUAUCAUACCCGACAUGAGAAUGAUCAAUUAGACACAAAAUUAAAAGGUUAAGUACCGGGUUAGAAACUUUUAUAAAUACAAAAUCCAAAUAGGCACAACAUUACAAUUUGACCCACAACUCUUUAAAAUCUCAAAGAUUAAACAAAACACACCCUCUAGCUCUAAUUGUAAUUUUGCUCAUAGAUUAAAUAACUCUUCACCCUAAAUACAAAUUAAUCUACAACUAACUCCCUAAACAUAAUCUACUACUUAACCCACUAAAUUUACAAUCUACCUUUAGGCCAAUUAUUCACUUGUAACACAAACUUCACAAUCUCACACUACUUUUAAUUCCUUCGACCGUUAUACCCCACAUUAUACGUCCACAACCGAGAUUACCUUUUAACUCUCUAGACUAAACAACUCCACUCUUUUGAACCAAUUAUGCACCCGCAACACAUAUUUUACAAUCCCAUACUACUUUUAACUCCAUACACUAAACAUUCAUAACCCAUAUUACUUUUCAACUCUCGACCCUAAACAACUACACUCUUUGGGCCGCCAAUACAACCGCUCAAAGUGUAGUUGAAAACUGUAAGCCUCACCCCUCUAGAGGGGGAAAUUGACUCAUAAAUGAAAGAAAGUAGAAGAAGAAGAAGUCCUUGGGGCAGCCAAGUCAGCUUCCAAAAACUCAAUCAUAGAGGACCCAUCUCCCUCUCUCUCUCUUCUGUGUUCCUCAAAAUCUCAUCUCUCUCAUAAACCCCAUUAGCCCAGAGAGAGAGAGGAACCCACCAUUUUUUUUCCCUUGGGUCCUCCCCUACCCCCACCCAUUAGCAGACAUGGCAGAGAAGCAGCCAUCUCCAGCAUCAGCAUCAGCCACAGCCACAGCCUCGGCCUCGACCUCAGCUCCACCAGAUGUCAAAGACUUCAAUAUUAUUUCCCCCAGCCCCAAAACCAAGACCCAACUGGCCCCCAAGCGCACCUCCAACAAGGACCGCCACAAGAAAGUGGACGGCCGCGGCCGCAGAAUCCGCAUGCCCGCCCUCUGCGCCGCCCGCGUCUUCCAGCUCACCCGCGAAUUGGGCCACAAGACCGACGGCGAGACCAUCCAGUGGCUCCUCCACCAGGCCGAGCCCUCCAUCAUCGCCGCCACCGGCUCCGGCACCGUCCCCGCCUCCGCCCUCCACUCCGCCCCGGCCUCCCUCUCCGCCGACGCCCGCCCCAAUUGGCCCAGAUCCCAUCUCGCCCCUGGCUUCUGGCCUGCCGUCGGGUCGGGUUUCGCCUCCGACCCCAAAUUCGGGUUCCAUGGAUUCGAGUUUCCCGGGAUGAAUUUCAAUUUCCCCACGAUUAUCGCCGGAGGGAAUCAGCAGCUUCCGGGGCUGGAGCUAGGGCUUUCGCAGGAGGGGAAUCUCCGGGGGAUGUUGAAUACGCCGUCGUUUUCCCAAAUCUACCACCAAUUAGCCCAAAAUCGGGACGAUUCCGCCGCCCCAUUAGAGGACCACCACCACCAACAGCAAGCCCCGGACAAAGACGAUUCUCAAGAAUCCAGAUGAACAACACAACGAUUUUGCUUUUUCCCCUUUUUUCUCUAUUUUUUUUUCCCUUCUUUUUGAUCUACAGAAGAUAGAGUUUGAGAUUUUUAGGUCUGAAAAUUAGCAGAAGAAGAAGAAGCUCUAGAAAUUGCGUAGCGAAGAAGAAGAAGAUGAAGAAGAAGAUUGCUUCGUAUUUGCAGUGUGUGCUUUGAUUGUUCAAAUUCAGGUGGAAGUUUGAAGAGAGUGGUUUCAUUACAAGAUUGAUUUGACUUUCCUUUCUUCAAUUUUGAGGUGUGUUUUUACCUUUUUAUUUUUUUUCUUUUUUAAUAUAUAUAUAAAUAAUUUCCGAAAAAUGAAAAAUGGUUGUAAUAUUAGUAAUUUUUCUCAAUUUGAAAAUGAUGUGGAAAUUUCUUCCAUCGUUGCAUUUAAUGCUUGAUAACAACAAUCUAUCCAUUAGAAAAUUGUGGUCUAUAUUCAGAGGAUGAGAAUUCCACGGCCUAUGUAAUUCUCAAAUAAUUUCAAUAAUCUUGGAAUUAUCAUA